AAUUCUCCGUAAAAUUUCAAGCGCGAAACAUUUAAAACUCUACUUAUCCGAGUUUGUUUAUACACUUUAGUCGCUGUAACAACAUGAAUGAACUAUCUGACGACAUUUUGGCACUCAUCAACGGUAUAUCUAGUAAUGACGAUGAACAAACAUCACCUGUCCACUCUUCAUCGUAUCCCUCUUCUCCUGAGUCGGAUUUUUACGCCUCAUCUGCAUCAUCCUUAGACAUUCAUCAAUGCCGACUACCCACUGAUCAUAAAGAAAUUAACGUUGAAGAACUUAUCAAGAUGGUUGGUGAACAACCCCUGCAGAACGAACCAACAAAAUUGAAUAUGACCGACAUGCAGCUAGUAUCUCUAUCCGUGAAAGAAUUAAAUCGACAACUUCAAGGUUUGUCAAAAGAUGAAAUAACCCGUAUAAAACAAAGGCGAAGGACCUUGAAGAACCGAGGUUAUGCCCAUAAUUGUCGAAACAAACGUCUACAACAAAAAGCCGACUUGGAAAAAGUGAACCAAAGUGUCCUAUGUCAGUUCCAAGAAUUGAAGAACCAAUUAAACGUCGCAAAGGAAGAAAUUGACUCUCUUAGAAGAGAAAGAGAUUAUUUUAAGAAGGAAAGAGACUAUUAUAAAACAGAAUUUGAAAGGCAACAAUUGACCAGUAUUCCAAUGUCUCCGGAAAGCGUCAUUUUCUAG